CACAGACAGUCGCAGCAGCAGGAUUGUCGCCCACGCAACUGGAGAACACGCGCUCUGAACACGAUGGACGAGUGGGUACGUGCAGGACGGCGAAUCCGGCGAGGUACAGGGCAACAACAUAUGAGAGGGCGAGCUGCAGCAUCUGGGCGCAGCAAGACGGACCGUGCCUGGAGCUUCGAGCCGAGUAAGGGGGACCGUGACAAGCCUGAGGACGUCCAGCAGCGGACAAGGAAAAGAGGGACGCGACGACCGACCAACCGAGCCACACACGUGAAGGCACGGACUGCACGGAAGUCAGCAAGACCAGUGACUCGCCGGAGGAACCAUGGCCGGGACCGCAAGCCGAAUGUGGCGCUGAUGAUCCAGGAGUCAGGAUGAACAGCUACGAGCCCGAGUCUGCGAGUCAAGACGUACCUGAGGAGGUCUGGCUCCUGGGGGACUUUGGCGAACUUGACGCGGAC